GUCUGCCAAGCAGUGGUGGCACAAGCCUUUAGUCCCAGCACUCAGGAAGCAGAGGCAGGCAGAUCUCUGAGUUGGAGACCAGCAUGGUCUGUAGAGUUAGUUCUAGGACAGCCUGUUUUUAAAAAGGUAAAAAACAAUCCUGUGAUGUUCUUACACAUCUGUCUUUGCCAGGGAAGGCUGACAAAGAAAAGGGCACCAGUAAGAGCAGCUUCUUUUACCCCUUUAUUACUGACCUGAUGAACCAAGACUUCUCAAAACCACCCUGCGAAACCCCACAGGCAAUUAGCGCAGGGCCUGGAGCUCCAGAUGAGUCACUAAGGCCCUGCCAGAGCUCUGUGUCCCUGAUCCGGUUCUACAUAAUCAAAUACAAUCCGGUUGUAGAUAAUUGGGACAAUGGGGCUGUGUGCUGCGGACAGGGGAGGCCAGGGGAGGAGGCUGCAGGUCAGAGCCAGCACAGGCUGAGGGGAGACCACGGAAGUCAGGUUGGCGCACAGGGCGUGUGCUGAUGGCGCGCCUUCAGUGGGGCGGGGGUCCAGCAGCGAGCUUGACCACGGCAGGGUGAAGUGAGGCGGGGCUUGCAGCUCGGUACAGGAUUGGACAGGAUGGGGGGGGCGCCCCAGAGGCCUCAGCUGCGGGUCUUUCCAGCUGCCAGGUGACUCAACCUCAAAGGCGCGAAAGGGCAAACACGUGAGGUGUGCGGAGGAUGGAGUGAAAGGGGUGUCCCACGUGGGAAAACGGGGCUGUGGGGAGGAGGUGGGACUACUGCAGUUUUUCAGCACACCAUUCUUUCGACGUGGGGGUGGUACGCUCCAGGGGGCGGGACACUCCCCCAGGGCCCAAGAGCUGGGGAAGGUAGGGACCUUGGGCCCCGCCUCUCCUGCCUGCUCGGCCUCGGGCUUCUAAGCACACCGGACGCGGCAGCUGCGCAACCGCCCCAUCGCAGGGUCAUGGAUCUCAGUCCCACCUCGACACCCCACGAGCCUGCCCCGUCUGCCGCUUGACUGGAAGCCCAGGUGCUCAUGAUGGGUCAGUGCUACUACAAUGAGACCAUCGGCUUUUUCUAUAAUAACAGUGGCAAGGAGCUCAGCCUUCAUUGGCGCCCCAAGGAUGUGGUAGUGGUGGCUCUGGGGCUGACAGUCAGUGUACUGGUGUUGCUCACCAAUCUGCUGGUUAUUGCGGCCAUUGCCUCCAACCGGCGCUUCCACCAGCCCAUAUACUACCUGCUCGGCAACUUGGCUGCUGCUGACCUCUUCGCCGGCAUGGCCUACCUCUUUCUCAUGUUCCAUACUGGCCCACGAACUGCCCGGCUCUCCAUCAGAGGCUGGUUCCUGCGACAGGGUCUGCUGGACACCAGCUUGACGGCAUCAGUGGCCACACUGCUGGCCAUCGCUGUAGAACGGCACCGCAGUGUGAUGGCCGUUCAGCUACACAGCCGCCUACCCCGGGCCCGUGUGGUCACACUUAUCGUGGGUGUGUGGGUGGCUGCACUGGGCCUGGGGUUGCUACCUGCACACUUCUGGCACUGCCUCUGUGACUUGAAUAGUUGUUCACGAAUGGUGCCCCUGUUCAGCCGCUCUUACCUGGCUGUGUGGGCCCUGUCCAGCCUUCUGGUCUUCCUGCUUAUGGCAGCUGUCUACACACGCAUUUUCUUCUAUGUGCGUAGACGGGUAGAGCGCAUGGCAGAGCACGUCAGCUGCCAUCCUCGCUACCGAGAGACGACGCUCAGCCUAGUCAAGACUGUUGUCAUCAUCUUGGGGGCAUUUGUGGUGUGCUGGACGCCAGGCCAAGUGGUGCUGCUCCUGGACGGUCUGGACUGUAAAUCCUGCAAUGUCUUGGUUGUGGAGAAGUACUUCCUGCUCCUGGCUGAGGCCAACUCACUGGUCAAUGCAGUGGUGUACUCCUGCCGAGAUGCUGAGAUGCGCCGGACCUUUCGCCACCUCCUCUGCUGCGUGUUCCUCCGCUGGUCCAACCACAAAUCGUCCCGAUACUCAUCUUCUACCCAGACGGGUGCCAGCACCCGGAUCAUGCUUCCUGAGAAUGGCUGCCCACCGGUGGACUCCACCCUUUAGCUUCUUUGGACUGAGGCAGAAGAUGGGGCAGCAAAAGUAUCACCCCACAGCCUCUAGCAGUUUCCUGACUCAGUCCAGCCCAGCAGAUGCAUGGCUUUCAAUACUCCCCAGGCCGCAGAUCUGCCUGCCUCAGAACACAGGGAUUUGGGGUCAUCUCUGUGCACCUGGGAGAUCAUCUGUUGGACUCAAGCGUCCAAACACCAAGAAGGAGUCACCCCCAGAGACCAUCUCACACACCACAGCUGAUGUAAAAGCAUGAGGAUUUUAUUAAUUCUGUCAUGACAGGGUCCCCCAGCAUUCGGGAAGCUGAGAGACCUCAAAUAACUGGUAUAGUCUAUUUUUAAAGGGGCCACAGAAGCAAGGGGGGGUUGUUCUUUGACUAUUCUGAUUGGCUUAUUUGAAAGGGCUAUUACCAAUAAUUGACUGGGGAGCUGUUGCCAGAUCAGAUGAGGUAAGAGGUCAUUUUGACCCCGUUUCCCAGGGGACCAAACCAAAGCAUACGUAUAUGGGUAAUUGUUCAGGAACUGAGUACGUGCGAGUGUAGCUGUUAGGUCCUUGAUUCCCAGGGGAGGAGGGGAAGCACUAUGGCACAGAGGCUGAGAGGAUUCAGAAUGGUCAAAAAUGGCUUCAGGAUCGUCUUAAAGUCUGACACAUCCAAAGGGGCUUGGCAGUCUGGCUCUCAAACAUCUCAGGUUUCACUUAUUUUUGUUUUAAACACGUUUUGUAUUUUUUUCUGUAUAUCUCUGAUAUGUCCUGUGGACUGUUUCUUCCUACAUGGUGCUGUCGGUGUUCAGGGUAGAAGAGGCGAGAGCUGUCCUAGGUUACACCACCCACUGAUGCAGGCUAGACUAUAGGUAUGCUGUCUUUCUGAGGCCAGUUUGGUUUUGGUUUUUUGAAACUGGAUCUUGGGUAACCUAGGCUGGCCUUGAACUCAUUGUGUAGCUGAGGAUGGCCUUGAUCCUUCUGACUUCACCUCCCAAGCGCUGGUAAUUGAAGCUGAUUCCUUGGGAGUUUUGAGCAGUCUCUAAGGGCUCACCUGCCUCCAUUAAUGUGGAGGAAGUACGUGAUACAGGGCGUGCUUUUCCACUCUAAGGUUGCCAAGGUCAUUCAAACAAUCUAUCCCUGUGUCCUGGAAUUAUCUAUCUAUCAUGGCACAGAGUUGGUGAAAAUCCUUUAACAUGGAAUCCCUUGGCCCCAUCUCAUUCCUAUUCUGUGCCCCCCACCUUUUUUUUUUUUUUUUUUUGAGGCAGAGAAUUGUGUGGCCUAGGCCUUAUGUUGCUGCAUCCAUCUUGCCUCUGAAUCCUAUGUGCUGGGAUUAGAGCUAUACUACCUGGCUUCUGCCUCUUUCUGGAGUCUCACUUAUGUUUCCUUCCGCCGAUGCCCUUCUACUGUCCCCCUUUUCAAGAACCUCGAGCGAUUUCUGGCUUGUGUAAGCCUUUUCUUUCUACCUGCCUCCCCCCACCCAUUAUUUUAUUUUAUCUUCUAAGACACAGGAUCUCACAACAUACCUCAAGCCAUCUAACUCACUGUGUAGCUCAGACUAACUUCUAACUCUCAGCUGUCUUCCCGCCUUGACUUCCUGAGUGCUUGAAUGACAAGCCUAAGACACCAUGUCUGACUACACAGCUUGGAAAUGACACAGACAUGCCAGGAGGAAGGGGCUUCAGUGUCCCUAGGAACCUGAAAUGAAGUUUCUGGAACUUUGUACUCCUCAGGCCUGAGAUGAGCCCUUUCCCGCCCCACCUCAGCAGAGGAGCAGGAGUAGUGUUCUCAUUUCGAUUCAGAUGCCGAGCAACAGCAGGAAUGUGGACCUCUGUCUUAUCUGAGGCCAAAUUCUUAAGGCAUUAAAGCAUCUGUUCCCAGAGAACUGGAAAUGAUGCUGUCUCUACAGUGUUCUCCAUUUUCCCACAACUGGGGCCUGGCACAUAUUAGGCUGGUUCCCACCACACAGCUCUGUCACAGGAGCCAUCUCCAAAGAGCAAAUGCCCAUUCCUACCUCUGUGAAGACACAAGACUGAACUGUGGGGCUAGAUAGUUCUUGAUCCUAUGUGGGCAGUGUGUACCUACAGCCUGAGUCUCCCAAGGUGACAACCCAGGAACUGCCAGCUGACCAUUAAGGACUCUGUCCCUACUCCCAUGGACCUCCAGACCUGUUGGACCUUGUCACUUUGCGUAUUGAGGCACCCAAUCAAAUGCUGAAUCGGGGACCCUCUGAUGGACUCCAGAGGUCAGUUGUCUCACCUGGACUUAGGUCUGUCCUACAUCAUCAUCGUCCAGAUUCUGUUGACAGAUUUGUCUUGUCAGCUUUUUAUUUCCUUUUUCCACUUAUGUUACAGUUUUUGUUUUCUUUUUUGACACAAGGAUUUCUAUGUAGCCCUGGCUGUCCUGGAACUCGGUCUAUAGACCAGGCUGGCCUCGAACUCUGUAAGCUGGGAUUAGAGAGUGCCUAGCUGUAUGCAUAUUUUUAUACAAAUGUGGGCAUUCUCAUACCUUUUGGUGCAUGUGGAAGCUAGAGGUUAGUGUCAAGACUCAUCACUGGGAGCUCUGCCCUCUUACUCAAUGAAGCAGGGUCUCCCAACCAAACCCAGAGCUCACUAAAACAGCCAGUCUCGCUGACCAGCUGCUUUGGGCAACCCUUUGUCACUGCCCUCCAAGGCUGGAAUUGCAGUCGGGUCACGCCACCCCUGCAUUUAUGUGGGGUUUUGAGGUUCUGAAUUCACACUUGCGUGGCAGGCGCUUAGCUGCUGAGCCCCCCCAACCCUACCCCACCCCAGCCCAGCUUUUUUCUCUUCAUCUUUCCUCUGCCAGGUGGCACCAAGUUUUUGUCUUUUUUGGCCUGUGGAACUUAUAGUCCUCUCCCUGCCAAAUCAAGCCUGUGUACUGCUAGCCACUGACUGACAUUUUGUACAGGAUACCACUCUUGGCCCCCUUCAAGAGUUCCAUCCCUGUUGCUGGGGCCAAGCCUAUGGUUUCCUUCAUCAGAGGAUUUCCCUUGUUCUUUCAUAUUUGCAUUUCUUGCUGGGUGCCCCUGAAGUAUCCCCAUUGCCCUACCUGCUGCUUGAGUUUCCUCUUCAAUAACAGAAUGAAAUGGGCUACCCAGAAAUGCUAACACUCACCAAGCCUUCAUCUGAAUUUUGUCUCAGAGCAAACAGAUUCUGGGAGGUUCUGUGACUUUGGAGAGGGAUUUGUGUCCCUUUUUCUUCUGCUUGAGGAGCCUGUUGUCAUGUCAUGCAUCCCAAAUGAGAGACAAAAGGCCCAUGAGAGUUUUGUCAGAUUUGGGUACACACCAGAUGCUAGCGUUUGCUAGACCUGGAAUCCUGGGGUUGGAAGGAAUGAGCAGGCCUAAGAUCAGCAGGAAAGGUGUUUUCUGUCAAGCCUGAUAACAUGAGCUCAAUCCCUGGGCCCAUAUGGUAGGAGAGAACCAAGUCAUGAAAGCUGUUCUCUGACCCUCACAUGUGCCAAUGCUUGUGCAUGCAGAUGAGCAUGCGCGCGCGCAAAGACAUAUUUAAAAGCAAUGUACAGCCGAGCAGUGACGGCACAUGCCUUUAAUCCCAGAACUUGGGAGGCAGAGGCAAGCGGAUCUCUGUGAGUUCAAGGCCAACCUGGUCUACAGAAUGAGUUCCAAAGCUACAGAGAAACCCCGUCUCGGUAAAAACCAAACCAAAACAAGCAAAAAAUGAACAAAACAAGUCUUCCAGGACUGGAGAAAUGGUUCAGUAGUUAAGAGCACCCAGGUUCAAUUCCCAGCACCCACAUGGUAGUUCACAACUAACUCCAGUUCCAGCGGAUCUGACAUCCUCACACCAAUGUACAUUGAAUAAAAUAAUUUUAAAAAACAGAACAGACAGGUUGAGGGCAUUCCUAAACUGGAUCUUGCCAAAAACAACAUAUAGAGCUGACUUUCUCCAGUGGAGAAAAGUGCUUGGUUCUAGCUUCAUUUCUGCUAUCUACACAUAUCUGCAUACUUCUUCCAGUCCCUCAGCUGGAUAUAAGGGAAAUAGAGAGCUUCAGGGAAACGGGUCUGGUGACCAGCCAGAAGGGACCCCCGGGACCCAGGGCUUGUAUAGCUAUUCCUCCAGAUUGAACCACUAGUGUGCUCUUGUAGGAGGAGAGGACAUAUGGGCUGCUUUCCUCAUGAUGAGGGCGGGAGCAUGCUCCUGUAACCCCAAUAAAUUCCCUGGGUCACAAAACUGGACUUGAAAUUGUUUCUUUGGUCAGGCUACCUUAUCAGGGGUGGCUUCCCCCAGAAAAAGGCACAUUGAGGCUCUGAGGUCUGAAGAGCUCUGAGAAAGGCCAGAGGACGAGUGGAGGGCCCUCAGGACUGCCGAAGAUGUGAAGGUACCGUGGCAAGUAACAGGAAUACUGAGGAGCCUGGGACUUGGGUAUGGGAGGCCUUGAAGAAGAGGCAGGACUGGAGUGGGAAUUCUGAGGGACUGGAGAACUUCUGAGGAGGAACCAGAGUGCUGAGGAACUAGCUGGGGUGGUGAAGGAGGUGGAAGCAGGCAACUGGAGUCAAGGGCAUUCUCAACUACUAGUAAAUUUGAUGUCAGCUAGGAAACAGAUGUACUUCAGUUGGUACAGUGUUUGCCUGGUAUGCAUGAAGGCCUGGAUUCCAUCCCUACCACCACACAAAUAGGACAUGAGGCACACACCACAUCCUAGCACUUAGGUAGAUGCAGAAAAACCAGAAGGUCAAAAUCAUGCUCCACUAGCAAAUUCAGUCAAUUUUCAUUAUAUAACAAAUGUGAGGACACCCUGGGCUAUAUGAGACUCUGUCUCAAAUUAUUUAUUUUGAGACAAGGUACUUUGCACAUAGCCCUGAACUGAAACUCACUAUGUAGAGCAGGCUGGCCUCGAACUCACAAGAUCUGCUUCCCUAAUGCUGGGAUUAAAGGCAUGUGCCACUAUGCCCAACAACACGUUUUUGAAAAAGUUCUGAGCGAGGGAGGUGUGCAAGUGGGAGAGGUGAGGAUGCAGGCCUCUGAGGAAGAAACUCAGAGAUGUGUCGGGCUGCCAAACUGGGGGUCA